CUUACAUUGGAAUUUAGAGUCUCAUGUAGCAUCUAAAAAUAUUUUAUGAGGUGUCAAAUAUUUGAUAUUCGUAUUUGCUAUCCGUCUCAUGACACUUAAAGGCAGCACCAGACUGGCUGCUUUUACAUGACUUCGCAUUGGCCGCGAUCUGUGACAUUGGAGACGUGGGACUGAUCCUGUACGUGGUCCAUCAGUUUUUAGGUGAAAUAGAAAUUAGGCAUCAGGAGCAGAGAGGUUUUUCUGUCGUCUUCAGAGAUCUUCAGAGAGCCGUUUUCAUUCAAAUCUAUUUUUCUACUUUAGCACCGUGCUGGACGGAUCUGCCAUAGAGGAUAUAUGUUCGGUAAAGGUGCGAAGCGGAAGCUGGACGAGGAUGAAGAGGGGCUGGAAGGCAAAACGCUGGAGGCGUCGGUGGCGGGAGGGGGACUAGGCCUCUGUCCAGAGGGCUUGUCCAAGGUUUCAUACACCCUGCAACGCCAGACCAUCUUCAACAUCUCCCUGAUGAAGCUGUACAGCCAGCGGCCGCUCGGCGAGCCCAGCCUGGAGCGCCGCGUCCUCAUCAACAACAUGCUGCGACGCAUCCAGGAUGAACUCAAGCAGGAAGGCUCCCUGCGGCCGCUGCUGUUCCCACCCUCGCCGCCGCCCGACGACCCCAUGGAUGAGGGGUUCCGCGAGGCGCCGCCCUCCUUUGGUGUUUUGUCAGCGGCAGCGACGGCACAAGUAUCCCAGCCUUCUGCGCUGUUGAUGCCAGUGAUCGCGCCACCACCUUCACCCCACCCAAUGGUGCCUCCCAACUGUCAGGCAUCCCAGGCCUGCCCCAACCGUGUGGAGGUCUGCCCCACCCCUCUAGAAGCCUGCCUCACUCCAGCCUCUUUACUGGAGGAGGAUGGUGGAGAUUCUGCCUUUUGUGCUCCAUCCCCUCCUACUCCUCCUCUGUCACCUCCCCCACCACAGCCUCCACCGCUACCUUCAGCGCUUCUAAGUCAGGCAUCCCCCAGGGUCCCUGUGCCUGCUUCGUCCAUUGACGGUUUCCCCUCCGCUCUGAGUGACAUGGAGUUGGGUCCACCCACAGCCAUAACAAGGACAGCAGCAGCUAUUACUACGACCGUGACUACCUCCCCAGCUCCCACACCACUCACCCAGCCCUCCCUCUUAACACCCCUCUCCCCAACACCCACAGGCCUACCCAGAGACAGCAGGACCAUGGGUGCUAAACCAGAGGCAGUUGGCGUCUUGCUAGCAGAAGGCCGCUGUACCGAGCUCCGACCAAUGGAUGCUCUGCCCACACUGCCCCCUGGUGGCCUAGUAGACAUUUCCGCCUCUCCUUCCUCUCCUUCUUCCUCCUCGUCACCCUCGGGGUUUCUCUCAGACUUGGCGCUGGACGACGUCCUGUUCGCCGACAUCGACACGUCCAUGUAUGACUUUGACCCCUGUACGACAUCGGGGGCUGUGGGCGUGACCACAGGCGGCGGCCUCGCCAAACUGUCUCCGGUGGUGACGGCGGACGACCUCCUCAAAUCGCUGGCGUCACCGUACAGCGGCCCCAGCCCCCAGGUUUCAGCCAAUCAGCCUUUCAAAAUCGAUCUGACAGAACUGGACCACAUUAUGGAGGUGUUGGUGGGCUCGUGACUCACGGACACCACCGCCUCUGAAACAUACAGACGUUUGAAUCCGGAGAACAGACUGGAAUGAAAAUUUGGGAACGGUUUGGGUUGAUGUUUUUAUGUUUUUUUUACUCUCUUCAAAGGUCGGUAAUUGUAAACAUCGAUGGUGAUGUCAAUUAGUACUACUAUGACAACUACUACUACACAACACUGUGCAUGCACUGUGCUCGCCUUUCCAAAUAUGGAAAUGAAGUAACCGGGAAACAAAGACACAGACACAAGUUUGUGUUUCUAUACUUGUGAGGACCUCCAUUGACUCCAUUCAUUCCCUAAUCCUCAUUUAAACCUAAUCCUAGUUUUAAUCUUUAACCUGAACCUAAGCCUUAACCCUAAAAAUGAACUGUACAUAGAAAAGAAGUUAGGACCUGCAAAUUGUCCUCAUUCUGGAGGACUUUGCAAUCUAUCUAUUUUUGUGAGGAUAUUCACUCCUCACAGGUAUAGAAAUACAAGAGAACACACACACACACACACACACACAAACACACUGAAUUCAUGGCUUUUAGCAGACGAGUGCCUUUCAAAAUGACCACUUAUUCAAUUCCUGUUUUUACAGUAUUUGUUUUGUUUUCUCGUUCUUUUCACUUUAACAGCCUAGAGAGGUCACUCCUCAAUAUUUUUAAUUUAUUGUAUUAAAACUAUUAAGUGAGGUAAUUUCUCAUGAUCAAAUAAUAAUUAUUUAAUCUUUAUCUUAUUACAGAUGUUAUGUUUUAUUUGUAAAACAAGCAUAAUAAGGUUUUACGAGGAUUACGUUGUUUUAGCAGUGUGCUACAUUACAUAUUAGCUUGGCUAUAUAAUUACGCUUUGGGAAUAGCUGUAGAACACAUUGCCUGGAUGUUUGUUAUGCUUUCUUUUGCUAGAAGGAGCUGUCUGUUCUCGUACACAUCAUGUCUAUGAAUUCAGGACUUAUUUUUGUCUCUCCCUUCCGUAUUGGCAGGCAUAUAUAACUGUGCUGGAUGCUAUUUUACAUGGGCUCAGUCAUUUGGGCUUGUUAUCAUGCUUCAGUUACAGCAGCAUUCAAAUGAGCUACACCCACUGGAAAGCUUGACGUGUUUACAUUGGAAGAGGCAGCAGCUCCACCACCGACUCUUGCCUCCCAGUUGGGUGUAGAUGAUCUGAAAAAUCCAACCUAAGCAGAGACUUUAGGUCCCAAACACACAUUAAAUUUGGCUGUGUCGGACUUGAGACGAAAGCUAUCACAGAUUUCAGGGGAAGUCUUUGUUGCUCCAAAGAAUUUCUGAGAAUCACACAAAGAAAAAGAUAUUCUAGUAGCAAUGUCUUUUUUUUGGUUUGAUUCCACCAGAAUUAGCAACAUGAUUGACAGACAAAUUACAGCAAAGCAUACAGUAUUACACACACCAUGUAUUUGCAGAGCCCUAUUUGCCAAAUCUUAGCGUGCUGGUCUCUUCUGUGCAUUGUGCAGUGCAGCUUUGAGGUUGACCCCAGCACCCAUGGAUGUUUUUAAACUUGUACGAUAGCACCGGGGCUAAAUCUGUCUCGUGAAUGUGGAUUUUCAGUGAAAUACAAAACCCAAACCAUGGCGUUAACUUGAUACUUCAAUGAUGCAAAACACUCUUGUUGUUUCACAACACUACCCGCCCACCCACCCCCCUUCAUAGGCCACUAUACGAGAUUUUUGGCACAAAAAGACAGAAUGGGAUCGUUUAGCUCAGCAUUCAAUCUAAGAUGAGGGUCACAUGAGGACUGCAAAGAUGAAUUCCUAAAAAGGAAAAAUUCCUAAACUUAAGAUCUUUGACCAGCAGCCCACACUCAGUUUAAGAUAAAAUAGGAAUACUAUCAGUUUAUAUGUUGCAUAUGUUUUCUAUUGAAGUUCAAAGUUGAUGUUAUGUUAUGAUAAUUUAGGAGUUGAAAUCCACCGUCCUCAAUUCACAGAUUUGGCUAUGAAUGCAAUUGUAUGGAAGAGCUUUGAAGUUGUUGGUUCUCUGGAAGUUAUAUAAGGACUUAAGUCCAGAGUGCCUUGUUAUGACUUAGCACUAUAUAAAAUUAAAUUGAAUUGAAUCUAAAUCUAUCUUAUCAGACUGCUGAUGUUAACUUAGAACUAACCAAUCUACAGCCACACGCAAGCUUCAGCAAGGAUUUUAUUUAUUCUGCAAUAGCAGUGUCACAUAAUGUACACAUUGUCUAUUAUAAAUUAUGAAUUAGACCAACAAGAUUGUUUUAAUUUGACAGGUAGAAAAUCCCAGCAAUAGCUAAAGCGUUGUUGCAGCAAAACAAAACCCUGUAAAAAGGUUUUCUAUUCAGAAAGACAGAAGCAAUGAGUCAGCAAAAGUCAGCCUCAAAAAUCUACUUUUACACGGAUUUUCAUUCAUUUCGGUCAUAACUGCUCAGUUGCAUUUCAGGACUUGCUGUGGUGAAGUGUUGUAAUUGUUUAAAAUUGGAUUUUGCCUUCUCACUCCUCACUCUGUAUGAAUGUUGAAUAUCAGUGCAAAAUGGUGGCUUUUCAAAAGUCCAAUACUUUCAAAGGUCCAGUGUGUAAUAAGAUCUAUUGGCAGAAAUGCAAUAUGACAUGUUUGCAUUAGGGUAUAAUAAGAAUUAUUAUGUUUUUGUUACCUUAGAAUGAGCCUUUGAUAUCUACAUAUGCCGUGAGUCAGCCAUGUUGCAACACCAUGUUUUUACAGUAGCCCAGAAUGGACAAACACUGACUCUUGAUAGGGUCUUUUGCAUUUUUCCUGCACCUGACGGCCACAGUAGUUUCUCAUAAAUGCGUGGAAGGAGAUCAGCAACUAGAUGCCACUAAAUCCUAUACACUGGUCUUUAAAUGCUGGAUUCUUGGUUGCUGUGGGGGGUUUGGCCUCUUGGGGCCAAAGGAAGUAUUCAAAACACAACGUAUGACAUAUUGUCACUCUAUAAAGCUGUUUUGACAAAUGUGUUAGAUGUACCGUGGAUGAAAGCACAGUUGGGUGCCAGAAAACCAGGACAAUGAACUUAAAAAAAAAACAUCCGA